GACAGCGCUGAGAACCGGAGAUAUGGGAUCGCAAGAUUUAUUAACAAUAAUCUUAAUGAUCAUGUGCACAUCGAAGAUGUGUGCUGGGCAAAACGACAUAGCCGUGUCCGUUUUCACCGUCACGUCUAAAAGUAUCACGGUUCGCUGGAUGGGACCGUCUGACGCGAGCUCCUUCAAGCUGACCGCUACACCGAAAAACUCGCGUGAGCAGUCCGUGUUCACGCAGUUCGGCAGCAGCACGGUUAUGGGCUCCGUGAACUCACUCUCCUCGAAUACAGUGUACGUGGUGCGUGUGGAGGCCAUGGAUAGCUCCUUGAACCUACUCAGCAGCGCCGAGACCGAGGAGACAACGGCACCCGAGGUUCCUUCCAUUGUGCAGGCCUAUUCCAAACACAGCAACAGCAUCACAAUGGAAUUUGACGAGGUGUCAGGCGCCACUGCAUACAUCCUGCGGGCAGAGAACAAUGACGGCUUCUUCUCAGAGUGUGUGGUGUAUGGCUCGCCAGCUACUAUUCUCAACCUGAGGGCCUACACCGAUUAUACACUUAGUGUCAUGUCAAUGAACAGUGGUGGACAUAGCCAGCCUGCACACCAAGUCCAUGCCAGGACAGUGGUUGUAGCCCCAGCACUGCGCUCUGUGUCACCCACUGAGGACAGUAUUGUGGUGAGCUGGGAUCCUGUGGUACAUGCAGUUAAGUACACACUGUGUGUCAUCAUGGAGGAAUCAGACACCCAACUCCAGGUCAAUACUUCCCAGACUAACAUGACAUUCAGCAAUCUAGAUCCAGGGGUCACAUACUGCAUCAAUGCCACAGCCUGGGACCCCAAUAGCAUCCCUGGAGAUGUGAUCACCAUCUGUCAGAUCACCCGUCCCCCUGUUCCUGCAGGUGUGCAGGUUUUAUUGACCCUGGAGAGAAUCAUGGGACUAGCUGUAUAUUGGGAGGCUGUACGUGGUGCAAGGCUCUACUUUGCCUUGAGCUCCACGGGGCAGAACUGUACAUCCAUGGGAGACCCGUUCUGCAUCAUCAGCCCAAUAGGAUGCAGUGAGAACCACACACUUACAGUCAUGGCUGAGAACCAAGCUGGCCCCAGCAGCCCAUCCCAUCCACAGGACCUGCUCACCUACCCAUGCCCUCCAGACUCAGUGGAGGUAGACCAGCCCUCUGUAGGGAACUGCUCAGUGGCAUGGAACAUGGUGCCAUGGGUGGAGUACUACAUUGUGUACAUAAACAGAGAUGAUGGAGCAGUGGAGCAAUGCAACACCACCAGCACCAUCUGCUAUUUCCAAUGUGACUGUGGCUACACCUACAUGACUACUGUAUUUGUCUACAAUGUGGCUGGUGCCAGCCCUCCAGGACCAGUUCUCAACUACACCACUGUCCCCUGCUGUCCACAGAAUGUUUACAUCACUCUUGUUUCGACUGAGACACUGGGGGUCACAUGGCCAGCAGUGCGUGGAGCAGAGUAUUAUGAGACAGUAGCAGCAGAUGGAUCAGACACACUACAUUGCAGUGACACCAUGCCUAAAUGUGCCCUGUCUGACCUUACCUGCAACAGCUUGUACAGUGUUGUAAUCAGACCCUGCAGUGAGAUACGCGGUUGCAACAACACCUGCACACCAAACACACAGGAAACAGCCCCAUGUGCUCCUGAGAUCCUGAACCUUACCCAGGUGAGCAGCUCUGCCGUGCAGGUAUUAUGGAGGACUACCAACAAACAAGCCAACUAUACGGUGAAUGCUCUUGGCAGUUCCAGCACCCUUACUUGCUCAUCCACCAGUACUUCUUGUGGCAUUACCAACCUGCCUUGUGGAACAACUUAUGAGGUCAGCGUAUAUGCCACGACCUCUGUGGGGCGUAGCUUGCCCAGCUAUAGCAUCGCUAUGGAAACAGGACCCUGCUGUCCUGAGACUCUCAGUGUGGGGCAGGUGACGCAGUCCAUGACCAGUGUGAAGUGGUCAUCCUCUAAGGGAGGCUGGUCUUAUAUCACAUCGCUGUCCUCACCUCGAGGUCAUGCAAAGUGCCAUACCAUGGACACACACUGCUUGAUGGGAUGCAUCACAUGUAGCACCAGCUAUAACAUCUCAGUGGAGACCAUAAGCAUUACGGGACACAAGACCUUAUGCAACUACCACGGCUUUUCUUCCAGCACUUGUUGUCCUUCUGGUGUGAGGCUGUACCGGAUGGUCAAUAGCACACUUCGUGUAUACUGGAGAAGUUCAGAUAGUGUCAGCGGUUACUCAGUUGAACUUUACAGCAACAACGCCAACUACACAUGCAGGCCAGUGCUGGGUGUCAGCUCAUGUGACAUGGAUAGUGUACUGUGUGGUGACACCUACAGUGUGGUGGUUGCACCACUUACACUACAUGGUUCCAAAGUCCUAUUCUGCCCCAGGAGGCUGUACUUUGUUUCCUGUGCUGGCAACAAUGUUGGAAUGGUUACUUAUCGUGGAAAAAGAAGUAUGGAUUAGCAGCUGUCAUUAUAAGGGUCUCUCUAGAAAUUGAUAGUGAGUAUACUCUGAAAAGUGUCAAUGUAUAAAUGUGU